AGAACGUCAAACCGCAGCGGGAGCCGAGCUGCAGCCAUGGCCGAGGGCAAGACAGGGGGAGCCGGGCUCUUCGCCAAGCAGGUCCAGAAACGCUUCAGCCGAGCCCAGGAGAAGGUCUUGCAAAAAUUGGGCAAAACGGUGGAAACCAAAGAUGAGCAGUUCGAGCAAAGCGCCUACAACUUCCAGCUGCAACAGAACGAAGGCAAUAAACUCUACAAAGACCUCAAGGCUUUCCUGGGGGCGGUGAAAGUGAUGCACGAGAGCUCCCGGAAAGUGGCCGAGACGCUGCAGGAGAUUUACAGCAGCGACUGGGAAGGUCAUGAGGAGCUGAAAGCCAUCGCAGAUAGUAAUGACCUGCUGUGGGACGACUACGAGGCCAAACUGGCCGACCAAGCCAUGCGGCUGAUGGAGAACUAUCUGGCUCAAUUUGGGGACUUUAAGGAGCGCAUCGCCAAGCGGGGCCGUAAGCUGGUGGACUACGACAGCGCCCGGCAUCACCUGGAAGCUCUGCAGAGCGCCAAGAAAAAGGACGAGGCCAAAAUCGCCAAGUGUGUCUCCCCCCCCCAGCUCAACCGUGACCUCUACGAGGUGAUGAGCAAACUGGAGAAGCAGCACUCCAGCAAAGUCUUCAUCAUUAAAGGCAUCUCCAGCAACCGGCGCUCGCUGGUCAUCUCCUCUCCGGUGAGCCCCCCCGCCAUGUUCCCCUGCCCGGGGAAGGCUCCCGACUUCGUGGUGGCAGUGGAGGCGACACCGACAUCCCCCGGGGUGGCCAGUGGGGCCACCGACACCGUCUCCAACGGGGACCUGGGGGCUGCCGUCCCCGGACCCCCACCGGCCUCCCCCGCCAGUGGCGGGUCCCUGUCGGAGACGGCGUCGGUCUCCAGCGAGGAGGGUCCGGAGCCCGACCCCCAAGCUCCGUCCCAUGGGACAUCGGUGGCACCGGACACCGGUUCCCCCAAGGUCACCGAAAACCAGGCUCCGGAGCCAACGGGGGCUACCAGGUGGGGGGCCGAGGGCAUCGCCGCCUCCCUGGCAUCGCUGAUUUUAUCCGAGGCGGUCGCCCAGGCCACUGGCACCGUGCCACCAGAGCUGGAUGGAGCCACGGAGGGGCUGGAGGCAAGCAAACCCCCCGGCAUGGCCACCGAUGGGGAGGGGCAGGCAGAUGGCGGGGAGCCCCCCUCCUCAACACCGGCCACCCCCCUCGAUGUCCCCGAUCCUGUGGUGGGGGCACUGGAGUGUCUGUCCCCGGGUGGCGAUGCCAGGGGUGACCCCCAGGAGAACGUGGAGGUGAUGGACGUGGAGCCCAAGGUGGCCCAAACUCAGGUGAAAAAAGUCCUUGGGGCUGGGAGGACGGACACCGUUGGCGGCGGGGGGACACUGUUGGUGGGGGGGACACCGUUGGUGGGGAGGGGACACCCUUGGUGGUAG